CUUGCUUACAUAAGCAAAAUGAAAAUAGGAUUCCUGCCUUCUAUCACAUGCAUCCAGAGCUGCAGUUCAGGAAGAGUCUACUUACCUACUUCAGCUUGAUAGGCUUCAGCCCAGGGUUGCAGUUUUAUCUUGCUGUGUCAUUAGGGAAGCACUGGAUGGGCAAGAAUUUCUAGGAAGAGGAGGAAGCAAUUUGGGCUGCUGGUCCCAGGGGUCCGUGGUGUGAGGGACCUGUGCUGUGUGCUGUGCCUCUUGCAGUAGAGCUGCACAUGUGUGAUUCCAGCAGCUUUAUCUGAAGCACCAGCUGGAGGGAAAGCAAACUGGUGCCCGUGAUAAGCAUUCCAGGGUGGAGUAAAACUGACAGAUUUGAAUUUGCCAGUAUUGCAGUGCAAACCAGCUUGCCUGAAGAAAUGAGGCUGUCAGCUUGGCACCACUCAGCUGCAUCUGAAACAAUCCUUUCGAGGUGAGUGUCGUGCCUGCUGAACCCCCCCAGACCCACUAGCCAUGCCAGGGAUUGUUGUGUUCCGCCGGCGCUGGUCUGUAGGCAGCGAUGACCUGGUUUUGCCAGCAGUCUUCCUCUUCCUCCUGCACACCACCUGGUUUGUGAUCCUCUCUGUGGUGCUCUUUGGGCUGGUGUACAACCCCAACGAGACCUGCUCGCUUAACCUGGUGGACCACGGCAGAGGUUACCUGGGCAUCCUGCUCAGCUGUAUGAUCGCAGAGGUGGCAAUCAUCUGGCUCAGCAUGAGGGGCAGCAUCCUGUACACUGAGCCCCGGGACUCCAUGCAGUAUGUGCUCUAUGUCAGACUGGCUAUCUUGGUGAUUGAAUUUGUCUAUGCCAUUGUGGGCAUUGUCUGGCUAACACAGUACUAUGCUUCCUGCAACGACAUCACAGCCAAGAGUGUCACUUUGGGAAUGGUGGUGUGCAACUGGGUUGUCAUCCUGAGUGUCUGCAUCACUGUCCUGUGUGUCUUCGACCCGACGGGCAGGACCUUUGUCAAGCUGAGGGCCACCAAGCGGAGGCAGCGCAACCUGAGGACCUACAACCUGCGGCACCGGCUGGAGGAGGGACAGGCCAGCAGCUGGACACGCAGGCUCAAGGUGUUCCUCUGCUGCACCCGGACAAAGGACUCGCAGUCGGAUGCCUACUCUGAGAUUGCCUACCUUUUUGCUGAGUUUUUCCGAGACCUUGACAUUGUCCCCUCUGACAUCAUCGCCGGCCUGGUCCUCCUGCGGCAGCGGCAGCGGGCGAAGCGCAGCGCUGUGCUGGAUGAGGCAAACAAUGACAUUUUAGCUUUUCUGUCUGGGAUGCCAGUGACCAGGAACACCAAGUAUCUGGAUCUGAAAAACGCGCAAGAGAUGCAGCGGUACAAAGAGGUGUGUUACUACAUGCUGUUUGCCCUGGCUGCCUAUGGCUGGCCCAUUUACCUGAUGAGGAAUCCCACAUGUGGACUCUGUCGCCUGGCCAGAUCCUGCUCCAGGUGUUGCUGCCUGUGCCCCUCACGACCCCGUUACGCUCCCGGUGUCACCAUAGAAGAGGACAACUGCUGCGGCUGCAACGCCAUCGCCAUCCGGCGCCACUUCCUGGACGAGAACAUGACCUCAGUGGACAUCGUCUACACCUCCUGCCACGAUGCUGUUUAUGAAACACCUUUCUAUGUGGCUGUGGACCAUGAGAAGAAGAAGGUGGUCAUUAGCAUCCGAGGAACUCUGUCUCCAAAAGAUGCCCUGACUGACCUGACUGGGGAUGCAGAGCGUCUUCCUGUGGAGGGUCACCAUGGGACGUGGCUGGGACACAAGGGAAUGGUGCUCUCUGCUGAGUACAUCAAGAAGAAACUGGAGCAAGAAAUGGUGCUUUCUCAAGCUUUUGGAAGAGACUUAGGGAGAGGAACAAAACACUACGGCCUGAUUGUGGUGGGUCACUCCCUAGGGGCUGGCACAGCUGCCAUCCUGUCCUUCCUCUUGCGUCCCCAGUACCCAUCACUGAAGUGCUUUGCCUAUUCUCCCCCAGGUGGGCUGCUCAGUGAGGAUGCCAUGGAGUAUUCAAAAGAGUUUGUGACUGCAGUUGUGCUUGGCAAGGAUCUAGUGCCCAGGAUUGGUCUCUCUCAGCUGGAGGGAUUUCGCCGGCAGCUUCUGGAUGUUCUUCAGAGAAGUAACAAGCCAAAGUGGCGAAUCAUUGUGGGUGCUACCAAGUGUAUCCCCAAGUCUGAGCUCCCUGAAGAGAUGGAGGAGAAUUCGGUGACGAGUAACAGGCUGUGGACCCACCCCAGUGACCUGACCAUUGCCCUGUCAGCCAGUACCCCCCUCUACCCCCCUGGUCGGAUCAUCCACGUGGUGCACAACCACCCUGCAGAGCAGUGCUGUUGCUGUGAGCAAGAGGAUCCCACUUACUUUGCUAUCUGGGGUGACAAUAAGGCUUUCAAUGAAGUGAUCAUCUCCCCAGCCAUGCUGCACGAGCACCUCCCCUACGUGGUCAUGGAAGGGCUCAACAAGGUCUUGGAGAACUACAACAAGGGGAAAACAGCUUUGCUGUCUGCAGCCAAAGUGAUGGUGAGUCCUACAGAAGUGGAUCUCACCCCAGAGUUGAUCUUCCAGAGCCAGCCCUUGCCCAGUGGACCCUCAGUGCAGCUUGGGACUGGAGCCAUAACAGCAGACAGAAGGAACAGCAGCACUAAGAGCAAGUCCCAUUCUGAAAUCAGCUUGGAGGGCUUUUACGAGACCAAGCCCCUUUCUCCUGUGCAGAAGGACCCCGUGGAGCUGCUUCUCCUGGACACGAAGGAACGGCUGUCGGUGGAGCUGCAGGACCGCCGUGCCCCUCUGGCCACCAUGGAGAGCCUCUCGGACAACGAAUCCAUCUACAGCUUCGAUUCCAGACGUUCCUCUGGCUUCCGGAGCAUCCGGGGCUCCCCCAGUCUCCACGCUGUCAUGGAGAAGGACGAGACCCACUGCUUUUAUAUAGACCCCGUUAUCCCUGAGGAGAACCCCUCCCUCAGCUCGCGGACAGAGCUGCUGGCUGCUGACAGCCUCUCCAAGCACUCCCAGGAGACCCAGCCCCCCGACAACGUCCUCACCAGCGGCGGCACUACCCCCCAGCGCCGCUGCAGUGAGGAGGGGGCCGGCAGCGAGGGGGGGGACCGUGUCUCCUUGGCCCCCCGGGAGGAGCUGGCCCUCCAGAACGGGCGGCUCACCGACCUUCCCAGUCCCCAGGUGCUGGAGUUUGCCGAGUUCAUCGACAGCCUCUUCAACCUGGAUAGCAAAAGCAGCUCUUUCCAGGACAUUUACUGCAUGAUGGUGUCAGACAGCUCCAGUGACUUUGCAGAGAUGCCCAAGUCUGUCAGCGAUCAGGAGAUCCUGUUGAGGGCACAGUACGAGCCCAACCUUGUCCCCAAGCCCCCGAGGUUGUUUGCAGGCUCCACGGAUCCUUCGUCGGGCAUCUCUGUCUCACCCUCUUUCCCCCUUAGUUCAUCUGGAGAACUCAUGGACAUCACUCCCACAGGCGUGAGCAGCCAGGAGUGCCUGGCCACGGAGAAAAUCCGGACUUCCAGCCCCUCUGGGCACGUAACCAGCCCUGCCAAGCAGGACGACCUCAUGAUUUCAGCCCUCUAGUGCAGGGUCAAAAAAAAACAAACAAGGGGGUGCGGCUCCGAGAGCUGAUCCCCUCGGCUGAGCACUGGGAUAAUGCUUGGAGGAGGUGGCCAGAGGGCAGUUUGGAUCAGAGGAGACAGCUGAAAACAUUCCUUCUGGGGUGACACAGCGGGUGGUGCCUGGAGGAUGGAUUGUGUUGGAGUCCCAAGCUUGCAGCUGGGAGAAGCAGCCUCGGGCCAGCUCUGCUGAGAAGGGUCUGAGUCACUGCAGGUAGAUGCACGUUCCCUACCUCAGCCUGUCUCCUUGCAUUCCAGAGGCAGAUUCCUUGCCCCAGGGCGCCUGCUGAGCUUGGGAGAGAGAUGCCCUCCUUCAGGGGAUCCUGUGGGGUGAAGGGGUGGAUUCUCUGCAGCUGGAGGACCGGAUUAGACGAGAAGGGGGCCAGGCCAGAUCCCCCCCUUGGUCCCGUGGCAGUGGUUUUGGAAAUGAGCGGAUUGAGACUUUGGGCCCUGUUGCACUACCAUGUUGGAUCUGGCCCAAGAUCCAAUUCGUCACACUUCCAUGGAGAUUGCUUUUUGUAGGACACUCUCCUGUUUUUAAAGCCAUUUUGGGGCUGUGUUCUCCCCAGGUGCAGCCUCCCCUCCCCUGGCCAGGCACAGCAAGGAUGGGGCUGGCACUGUGUUUUCUCUCCCCAGAGCACUUCUGCGUUCAGUGACCACCAGGCUGCUGCUGAGAGGGAAAGGACCCUGUUCUGAAGAGCCAAAGCCCUCUGCCACGUUCCCUCCUUUGCCAGAAAGAGUCCUCCUGGAUGUCACCAUCAUCUCUUCUCAGUUCCCUGGCCCACUCUGAGCUGGCGACCUUCCUGCAGGACUGACAGGAUUCUCAUCUCAGAGCUGCAUGGAUGGAUCAACUUCAAAAUUGAACAGGCUUCUCCAGACCCAGUGUUAUUUGCCAGGCCCCUGUGGAGCCUGGGAGCUUCUCCUGGACUCUUCUGGGUCCUCACACCACCCAAAUGCAGUAACCACAGAUCAGUGCCAGCCUCUGUCGUUGGGAGUUCAGGGAAAAGAUGAACUUUAUUCCUAAGUAUUGAAAUCUCUUGUAUGUUUACAGAGCUGCUAAGCUUUUUGGAAGGUAUUUAUUAAGCAAACAGGGAGGCUUUCCCUAAGCAAAACCCACCUCCAUUCUUGCCUUCCUGUGCUGUUCCCUCUGGGAUCUGAGGGCAGAGAGAGGAUGGGCAGGUGUGAUUCCGAGUCCCCUGCUUUUCAAGUGGCUCAGAGUUUGGGGGAGCUGACUGCAGCCCUUCCCACCCUCCCUCUUCCCCUCCCCCUUGCAAAGCUUGACCAAGUCUCUAGUCAAACUACCUGAGCACUGCUGGGCAGAGCCUCAGUGCCCUGAGGAGCCUGCUAGGCCUGCCUGAGCAGGGACUUCCCAAGGAUGGAAACAGGAAAGAAAUCGCCUGUCUGGAAAGUUAAACUUCCUGUGACCUGUCAAAGGCCUUUAAUUGUCCAAACACCUUCAUAUCAAAGCUCAGCAGAGAGGCCAGUGGGUCUCACUUGGGCCUCUGUCCUCCCUUACUGGAAAAGAAAUUCCUAUCUUUAACUUCCUUAUGAUCCCAGAGGUGUUAAUUGUCCUGUCCCCUCCUUAGCUGCAAUAUUUCCACUGUGGGAGGAUGCUGGGCUUCCCAGGAGCUCCUGAAAAAAUCCCUGGGCUCCCAUUAUCCCUGUGUUCCCUGAAUGGUUUCUGGAAGUCCCUGUGUGGGUCAGGGCUGUGCUGUCCUGGGUGCCACACAAACAGGGCACGAGUGGUGCCAAAUGCCAGCAAGUCAGAUUGGGAGCACUUGAUAACCACUGUGCAUUGGUGUGAAUCCCUUCAGGGGCACAGGAGUGAGCUGGGCUUGGUGUCCAAGUGAGUCUCCCACUCCCCAGUUUAGUGUGGGAUCCUGUGUCCCCCUCUCCUGACAAAUGACAGGGCCUGCAGAAGUACAGGGUUGUGUUAAGUGAGCAGGAAAAUACUGUCCCUGUGGUUUAGGUCCCAAAGGUGACCUGCAUGAUAUUGUCUUGACUUGGAGGGAGGCAGCCCCUUUGAAUUCCAAGUAAAUUGUAACAGAAAAAUGCUUUCAGAAGUGACUUUUUUCUUGGUAGAUCCCUCAGCAAAGAGCAGGGAGCUCCCCUUGCUUAGAGCUUGUGUGGUUCAGGAGCCCCUUAGAGCAGCUCUUUAAGUGCCACCAGCUCAUCCAGCUCCUCUUGCAGAGCACAGGGUGAGGCUGAGCUGCUGCACCCAGCCAGGACUCCCUCCCAAGGUGGUUUCCGGGGAUACACACAAGAAACUGGGGAGUUCUGAGGUGGGGAACAGGGGAGCUGAAGGGUGGGGAGGCUGAGCUAGCAGGCUGGCUGCCCUCCUGCUGCAGACUGGUGGUGGUGGAGCAGGGAGGAGGAGUUUGGUUCUGCCUUGCCUCAGGGGCAGAAGGUGGGUAGUAAUAACUCUGAGCACUUAGGCAGAGCUUUAUAUCUGCAAAGCACUUUACAAACACAAAUGGAAGAAUCAUCUCUGUCCCUGGCAGUGAGGAGUUAGGAGAUGGUGACCUCUGAGACCAGGUGCAACUACUGGUGCCCUCCCAGAGGGUGGUGGGGAGGUGACUCAAGCUGAGGAAGGUGGAUUAUCUCCCUCUGAAUCCAAAUGUGUUGUUUCAGUAGUGACCUGAUGGUGUUUCAUGGGUCACAAUAUUGCACUAGAAAAGCCCCUUCUGACCUGGGUGUUUCUCCACUAUGUCCUGGAAGACACGAUCAUGGUCUGUCACUGUUUCCUUCUCUGUGCCAUUGCAGCUGUGUCCCAGGGGAAUGGGAGCAGCUGUAGCAGGAAGCAGCUUGGCAUGCUGCAUAGUUUGGUUUUGCUUCCUUUGUGCUCUCUGAUGGACCAGGCUUCUGAAAAGCCUGGAAAUACCUAGUGCUUGUGACCUGGCCUUGCCUCAGACCCAGGCAGCAGAGGUGCAAAGGAGCCCUCUUAGUUGAGGUUCUUCUUGCAUCCCAGUAUGAGUAUUUCCUGUUUUCCAUUGGUCUCUCUUGCCAAACAGAUCUGUUCCCACUUCUCACCAAGUAAAUCCACGUUCUCUGCACCAUCUCUGCUUUAAAUGUCUGUCUUGAUCCUCACCACUCCUUUGCCAUGUGGGCAUCUGGGCAGGCUGGUCUCCUGCUUGAUCCUGGAAGAGCCUAUCUGGAAAACUACAGAAUGAAGACAUGCUAAGGCUGCAGCUACCUCCUUCAUUCGUGCCACAAACUGCUGCCUGCUCCCUCUGCCCUUGCUCCACUCUGCUCUGCAGCUCUCUGGGGAAACGUGAAGCAUCUUCAGACAUCUGAGUCUCUUGGCUUCUGGUUCCCCUGCUUGAGCUUUGUGCCUUCUGAUCUUUAGAUGUUCCUUUGGUAUUUCAACAGGAUGUUCCACCCCACGUUGGAAGCAGUGCUGGAAGGGCAGUUGGUAGUGCCUGCCAACAGUUCAGUGGCACAUUCUUAAAUCCCCUGGAUGGGCUUUUUGGUAGAGGAGUGGAGCUGAGGCCACGUGGUGCCUGGAGAGCAGAGCACGCACCUGGAAAUGGAAGUGCAGGAGGUGGAACCCUCCGCUUCAAGGCAGCUUUGCCAAAGAGCUUAGCCAGGUUCUCUGCCCUCUCCACCUUCUCAGCAGACUGUGGAAUGUAAUCCUGAAGCCUUGGAGCAUCCAGGGCCAACACAGGAGGCCCUGAACUAGGUGGGUGUUGAACUCCAUCCACCCGCUCCACCUCUGGCCCCACCACCAGUGCCCUCACAAGGUCUGAAGGGUUUGGUCCUGCUGUCCAUUUUUUGCACCUCGGAGCUGCACUCUGACCCUUGGGAGUGUGUCCAAGGUGGAAUACAACGAUCCUCUUGCUAAUAUCCCAGUGAGUCUGGGUUGUCAAGCCCUCAGCAUGUAGUGUUGGCUGGUUGUGGCUUUGGAGGCUCUUCUGCAUCACCACUAAUGGGCUUCUCUUGCUGCUGCAGCUGCAGCAGUGCCAAGAACCCAGAGAGGACCCUGCUGUGCUGAGUAUGUACAAGUGCUGAACAGAGAGACAGCCUUUCUCCAGUCUUCCCAUGAGCUCCUCUCCUUCUCUGAGGAGCUGCCCUUUCCAUCUGAAGUACACAUUUUUCUCCCCAAACUGCCACUUUCUAACCUUUCCUCUCUUCUGUGCUCCCUAUUCCUGUCACCCAGCCAGGAGCUAACCUCUUCCUUUGGGUGCUUCUGUCUCAGGAUGAUGGUGUCUUGCUUCCCAUCCUUGGUAGCACCACUUAAGAACUAUCUCCUUAUCUUCUCAUGAUGACCCAGAACAGUUGACUGAGAUUCCUGACUUGAUUCACUGGAGGCAAAGCUAUCUAAAAAGGUCAAAGCACCAUCAACACCGAGAGGUUCUUUCUCUCUCUCUCCAGCUUUUGCUCACCUGCUCUGUGCUCAGAACUUCAGUGUUCAUCAUUUCUGCAAGUUUUUAAGAGCACAAGUGCCACACACUCCUCAGCACUGCUGACAUCUCAAUCCCAACCAGCCCAUGAUCCUGGAGGAUGUUCUAGCCUAUCUCAUGGCAUUUCCUUGGGCAACAGGAAGGUUUGCCUGGGGAACUGGCUGGGCUGGAGCUCUGCUUGGUGCUGGCUCCACUUGGUGCUUAUGUGUUGCCACCACUGGGAUGUUCUCUUCCCCUGGCAGGACAUCCUGGCUUUGCAGCAAGGCUGGCAUUUGAGUUCCAUGUUUUUAGGGAUGGCAGUUGCAACUGCUGCCUGCAGAGCCACCCAGGGCCAGUCAUUUCCUAAUCAAGUGGUUUCUAAGUCUUUAAAUGUCAUGCAGAAACACUGGCAGAUGUUAAAAAUAACCUCUGCCUCUCAACAAACUUGGCAGCUUUGCUUUGGGCUUAACAGCCCCUUCAGCUCCCCUCCCAUCUGUAGCAUCACAUUUGUUCCUCUCUGCUCAGACAAGUGAAGCCUGAGCUGGCUUUUGACAACCUGUCACUUGGUGGUUGUCCCUCCUGCUGAAGUUCACCCCGCUAGAGCUGGAGGGGUUGGGUUGGUUUUGGGUUGGUUUUGCUGAGAGCUGUUACUUGAUGUUGCUGCUGCCAACAGGCCCUCUCAGAGCUUCUCUGCACUUCAGGCUGCCAUGCUCCUCCUAGGUGGGCAAGCAGAGGGUGAGCAGAUCUUUGUUGGCUGAUGGCUCCCUCCUUGGAGCUCUGCAGCAGCAGCUGGUGAGUUGCAGAAGUAGAGGGGAAUAAAAGGGCAGUGGGGCAAAUAUCUAAUGGCCCAAACCUGAAAGCUCAGGGUAAGAAACCAACACAGAUGUAAGCUGGAAGGGUGGUUGUUUCUUAGCUGUGGAGUUUCAGCUUCUUCCCGGCCCUCAGGUGGACCUGGUGCCUCCUGGAAGGAAAGGGAGGGUUGGAAAGGGAGCUGUGGUUCUGCCCAGGCUGCUGGGAAUGAAGGGACGUGUUGCUGUGGAGCAGGGGAAGGCACUGGCUGAGCCGGGGGCAGGUUCUGCUGGGCAGUCCCGACCUGCAGCGCUGGAUUCAGGGAAGAGCCGCAUCUCUUGUGCCAAAGCUCCCUCUCCUGGUGCUCCUGCGUGGAGGAGGCGAUGCGGGCAGCCUGCUGCAGGCAAACCUCCCCUCCUGGGAACGAUGAGAGAGAGAAAGACAACAGGUGGGAGGUGAGACUUGGUCUGGGAGUUCCUUGCUUUCCAGUCAAGUGGCUCUAGUGGUGUCCUGGAUCCAGGCAUGUAGAGAAUCAUAGAACCAUUCAGGCUGGAAGAGCCCCUUGGAAUCCCCGAGUCCAACCAUCAUCCCUGCUCUGCAAAGUUCUCCCCUAAACCAGCUCCACCAACAGCACAUCCAAACAACCCUUGAACACACCCAGGGAUGGUGACUCCCCCACCUCCCUGGGCAGCCUGUUCCAGUGUCUGACCUCUCCUUCUGUGAAAAAACUGUUCCUAAUGUCCAGUCUGACCCUGCCCUGGUGCAGCUUGAAGCCCUUCCCUCUUGUUCUGUCACUGAUCACCUGUGAGAAGAGACCAGCACCAACCUCUCUACAACGACCUUUCAGGUAGUUGCAGAGACUGAUGAGGUCUCCCCUCAGCCUCCUCUUCCUCAAACUGAACAUUCCCAGCUCCUUCAAGUGUUCUUCACCAGAUUGAUUCUCCAGACCCUUCCCCAGUCCCUGCUCUGUACUGGCUCCAGCAGCCCUGGUGCAGGCUGGGCCAGUAUCCAUUGCUUUUCCCCUCCCUGUUCUACUCCAAGGAGGAGCUGCUGCCCCUUGCAGGGAGUUGCAACAGGUCAGACCUGCAUUUUGGUUGCUGCAGAGUUGGAUAUUCCAGCUCAGGGCCAGGGCCUUCACUGCCAGGAUGGGUGGGUGUGAGACCUGGGGUGGAUGGAGCCUGAAACCUGAACCCUGGUAAUGUGUAAACUUUGUGUUACUGGAGCAGAGAAAGGUUUUAGGAAGGGGAUCCUUGUGGCAGGAGUGCUGCAAACUGCCCCAUUUCUGCUGGGCUUCCUUCUUCCCUAUCUCCUUCCUUCAUCUGCCAUCUUCUUCUCCAGGGUGUUGCUGGCCUAAACUUUGGAUCCUUCAAGCCCUGGAAACUCAAACCAACCGAGGAGGGAGCAAUUCCUUGCUUUGUCCUAGGGAUUUCCAGCCCUAUCAAGCAUCAGCUGUCUCCAAGCACUUUCUUGGUUCUGUUCCUCCUUCUUUUUUGCUUCUUUUCCUGAGUUCAUACCUGUUGUGCCUUUGUUUCUCUUUGGUUGGAGGUCCAAGACUCCUCCUUGGCACCAGCCAUCUCCCCAGCUUCCUUUCCCAUUCCUGCACGUGGUUUCUUUGAGUGUCCAGAAGGGAAUGUGGGUGGCCAGGGCUGGGUUUGGAGCUGCCCUUGUUGCCAGGCCCUCUCUUUCUGCCUCAGCUGGGACCUGCCAGGUUUCCCCACCAUCUCCUGCUGCCUCAGGCCCCAUCCAAGUGCUGGCAGCAAAGCCUUGACCUGAGGCAGGUUGUGUCCUCCUACCCCACCAGCCCCCUCUGGUCUGGAACCUCAUCCUGUGCAAAGUGAGGGGUUUGUUUCUAUUUUUCUGUGCAGCAGGAAGGGAAAACUUCCCUCCCGCUUCUCCCUGCUGGUGUGUGUGACCUCAGGCAGGGUUUAGCAGGGCUGCUCCCAAGGAAAACUUCCUCUCAGGUCUACAAAUGAGUAAAACUCUUCCUACUCUUCAAGAUCUGACUCUGUUGCUGUGAGAGCUCAUGCUGCAAGGGACUUGACAGACUCUGAACUCUCUGCUGCAGGAUUCCUGCACUGACGUGUCCCUCCCUGGCUCUGGAACAGCCAUCUCCUACAGGUGAGCUCUCCUGCUGGAGAGCUGGGCAUUGUUGCUGCUUUCAUGGCUGAGUCUGACACCUCUGACCUCACCGUGUCAUCUCCUCUCUGCUUGUUUCCUGCUGUUUUCUACCUGCCCAGCACACCUGUCUGAUGAGGGGACCUCAACCUGGCUCCUCUGCCAGGCCAUCCCACCCAGAGCAGUGCAGGAACACCUCUCUGUUUUGGCUUUGGUUGGGAUUCCCCUGGGGAUUGGGGUUCCCUCACAGGCUUUGUGCAGUUCUGAUGGCCCAGGGGUACCUGGUGCAGCACCAGGAGGAGGGAGCAGUUCCUCAGGCUGGCUGGGUGGCCCCUGCCUGAGUUUCACACCUCCACACUUGGCUGGUGGCCACUGGUGGCCAAGUGGCAUCAUCACCUGCAGCUCCUGAGGCUGCUUCCCAGCUUUCCCUCUGCAAGUCCUGCUGCUGCCUGAGGGGUGAGUGAUGUCCAGGGAGCAGCCUCAAGCUCCUGUCCUGGUGAGAAACCUCAUUACUGAUGUCAACACAGGGGUUCUUGGUGACAGCUGCCCCCACCCCCCUGCCUGCAUGGGCAGCAGGAGAGGAGCUCUCUGCCCUCCAAGGCCUUUUCCUUUGGCUCACUGCCUGCUCCAGUGUCCUGCUGGGACAGCCACCAUUCUGGCCUAGCCUCUCUCGUGGCUGUGAAGGAGCAGAGACACUGAGACCAGAGGAACUGGUGGGAACUGUUGAUUCCCCUCUCAUCUUUUUGUCCCCUUUGGGGCAGGUUGGGUGGAGCUGGGUGGUCUCCAUGGGACGGGAGCUGGGUGCUGGGGGUGGGUGCUCCAUGCAGAAGCUGCCCUGCUUCCCACCUCUCUCCCCAGCAGCAGACACUAAAGCCUGUGUGCAGAAGCCCUUCCUCUUUCUGUCACUAUCUCUCCUCACGUGCUGGGGCAGCUCAGAGCAGGGUAGCUGGGAAUUAACUUCUUUGACCCCUAAUUGCCUCUUUGUAGCUAAAACCUUCUGCUUUUAAAGGGAGAAGCAGCCCUUCUAGGGAGCUCAGAGCUGCUCUGCCUCCUGCAGGGCUUGGAGCACUGGCCCAUGCAAUCAGGGGGGGUGACAGCACAGGCUCCUGUGUCCCCAUGCUCAGCUGGGAGGUCACUGCUCAUCCUGGGAAUGCUGCCCUCACAACCCCUGCUCUGAGCUGCCCCAGCAUGAAGGCUCCAAGGAAACUUCCAGCUCUCCUCACCUGCCAUUCUCAUCUGACUUUUUGUACCUAUGUAUGAAAGAUCCAAACUAAUAUUGCUGUAAAGAAAGAUACAGAUGAAUAUAGCAUAUUCUAUAAAUAUAUAUGUAUAUAAAA